GUGGUAUAAAGUUUAUACCGAAAAAUACGACUCUAGGCCAGACCUCGGUUCUUUCAGCGAGUUUAUCACCGAACAAGCUCGCUACUGUAGUGCAUUUGCGCCUCCUGAAAUUAUAAACGGGGCGCAAAGCAAUCGUCCAGUACAUAGGACACACACGGCUACCACUAAGCCGUCUCCGAAGUGCAGAGUGUGCCAAAAGGAAGGCCACUACGGAUCCGACUGCAGAAAAUUUAAAGAAGCGGAUACCGACAAAAGAUGGGAACUCGCAAAACAAUAUAAUUUAUGUUUCCGGUGUUUGCGAUACAAAAACCAAACACACCAAUGUAAAACCACUAAGUGUGGAAUAAAAGGGUGCACCGCGACACACAAUAGACUUCUCCACCAUUAUAAAAAGGAGAAAACGGAGGUCACACAAAUAGAACCUCAGGAAACAGUUGCAAAUUAAUUCGCCGUGUCAAAACAUCACGCUUAUUUAAAAAUAAUACCAGUCCGAGUAAUUGGACCGGCGGGAGCUGUAAAUACACACGCCCUGCUGGAUGAUGGGUCAACAGUCUCAUUAAUGGAUGAGGAAAUAGCCAAACAAAUUGGAGCAACAGGGCGGUUGGACCCCUUUAAGAUCACCACCAUCGGGAACAAUACCCUUGAUUCGCCGAACUCCCGACGAGUCAAAGUUUCGCUCAAGAGUCUCCACAGGAAAAGGGUACAAUUCAGAGCACGCACGGUCGCCAGCCUAAACUUGGGGCCACAGACUGUGUGUGCAACCAAUAUAGAAAAUUGUAGACACUUAAAAGACCUGAAGGAGCAAUUAAUAUACGACUCAGGCAACCCAAAGAUCUUAAUAGGACAAGAUAAUUGGAGACUCCUGAUAGCCACUAAAAUUCGCAGAGGUCCGCCGCACCAACCAAUCGCCUCGCUCACAGAAUUAGGAUGGGUGCUACACGGGGCACACACUAAAGCCCCGUAUCAGCGCGUCCACGCGGCCAAUGAGCUGCACACGAGCAAGGAAACCAUAGAGGACCAUAGUAAAGUAGAUGACUGGCGCUGGGUACCUACCAAAUUGAACAUAGCUGACACCGCUACAAGGGACGUACCACCCAACUUCGACUCAAAUCAUGAGUGGUACUGCGGCCCAUCGUUUCUGUAUAAAGAACCAUCAGCAUGGCCGACCGAAAGACCCACGUCAUCCGAACCCACCGGUGAGGAAAAAUGCCUCACCAUUACAGAAUCACAUAGAGCUCCGGUAAUAAGAGAAGCCAUCCCAAAUCCAGCAAAUUUUUCGAAAUGGGAACGCUUGUUGCGAGCGACGGCCAGAGUGCUUCAAUUUAUUACACUCUGCCGUAAAACAACAGACAGGACCUUCUACAAAAGGACUAUAAGGAAUGAAGAAAAAGAUCCCGACUGGAGAAAAGCAAAAAACAAUCCGCUACACCGCACACAGUCCUCCAGUCUAAGAAAAACCGCAGAUGUCAAAAGGCACAUCACACUCGAGGCCGAAUUCAUCAGAGAGGCCGAAAAGCUCCUAAUACGUGUCAUACAAGGGGACUUCUUCAGACAAGAAAUAGACGAUCUCCGUAACGAUAAAAAGGUCGCCCAUGAUAGCCGCCUAAGACCGCUACAGAUAGAAUUAAAAGACGGGAUCAUCGCGCUGCGAAGUCGCAUAGCCGCUGCGAAGGGAGUCUCGAAAGACAUGAAAGGUCCGGCUAUAUUGGAUGGUGAUCAUCGCAUCACCCAAUUGUACAUAGACUGGACGCAUCGCAGCCUACAUCAUUGCGAAACCGAACCUACAAUUAACGAGGUUCGACAACAUUACUGGGUUAUAAGACUUAGACCCACAACGAAACGAAUAGUGAGCCAAUGUGUGCCAUGUCGCAUCAGAAAGGCACAACCAUCAGUGCCAGCCACCGGUGAUCAUCCCAGCACACGUCUCGCUCAUCACCAGAGACCGUUUACUUUCACCGGUCUGGACUAUUUUGGGCCACUCUCCGUCACAGUGGGACGACAACAUCAGAAAAGAUACGUGGCUCUAUUCACCUGCCUCACAUCUAGAGCUGUCCAUUUGGAAAUUGUUGCAAAUCUCAGCGCAGACUCCGCAAUAUUAGCUUUGAGACGAUUUGCAGCGCGCCGAGGGUGCCCCACCGAAAUUUAUUCAGAUAACGGCACCAACAUGCACGGCGCGGAUAAGGAACUGCGGGAGGCUUUUAAAGAAGAAGCCAGCCGACGAGGCAUAGUGUGGCGUUUUAUAACCCCCUCCGCGCCCUUCAUGGGAGGGGUAUGGGAACGUCUCGUACGAUGCGUAAAGACGGCACUAUACACCGUCCUUCACGAAAGACAUCCACAUGAAGAAGUCUUAGCCACGCUGCUCUGCGAGGUGGAGUAUACAGUAAACAGUAGACCACUAACUCACAUCUCCGUGGACAGCAACGAUUACGAGUCCAUCACUCCAAAUCACUUCCUAUUGGGAGGAUCAGCAAGACUGCCGACACCUGGGGUAUUCAAUGAAAAGGACAUAAAUAGCAAAAGGCACUGGCGACGCUCUCAGAUACUCGCUGAUAUGUUCUGGCAGCGUUGGGUGCGAGAGUAUCUACCGGAACUCCAAAACCGGCGGGAGGCCCAUGGUCGAGGCCCCGAUCUCCAGGUGGGCGAUCCAGUCCUCAUAGCCGACAGCCAGUUACCUCGUAACACCUGGCCACGAGGAAGAAUUGAAGCAGUAUUCCCCGGUGCGGACGGACAGAUCCGCACUGUGGAGGUACGAACCGCAAACGGCCUAAUCAAGAGGCCAACCAAGAAACUCGUGCCGCUGCCGAAGUAGAAGCAACGUCGCUCACCGAAAUGGAUGCAGCGCCACUACGAUGAGAUCUUCGCGACGCUGCACGGCGGGAGAGAUGUUCGCGACGGUUUAAAGACUUUAAGCAAAAAGUGAUUAAAGAAUAUUAAAUUGUUUUAAAAAAGUGAAAUUGGCAACAAAAUCGAAUAAAUUGUGUUUUAAUAUAGUUUUACAGUAUGUUUACAACUCGUAAUAUAUUUGUAUAAAGUAUCGUUUUAAUAAUAAGUUGAUAUAAACGACUUUAAACAUUAAAUAAAAUUUCGACCAAUCACAGCGCAGCAUAUCGUGGAACUUUCUAGAAGUUAAUUAACUGCGCAAUAGUUUAUAUGAAAAUAAUAAGAAUAUUUUUGUGUUCUGAAAGAAUCGUAAAUAUGAUACUUAGUUAGCAUAUGGUGCAUAGAUUGAAAUAAGUAAAUAGAUAAUUUAUGUAAAUAAACGCAUUUGAGAAAUAUAGUAAAAUUAAAGAUUUAAUGUGCACUUUUGUUAUGUAAAUUAGGUACAUUUUGAUUAAUAACUUUUUUGAAUGUAAAUAUAUCAAGUAACCCUUAUCACAUAAUGAUAAAGGACCAAAAUGCCUAUUUUAUAGUGUAUAGCGUGUUAAUGUAAAAAUUAGCAUUAUAUAGAAAAAUUGCGAUUUGUGCAAAUUACG